AGAGCGCAUGUCUAGUAAAGCCGCUAGAAAAGGUUUCUACAUUCUUGUUUUGCCUUCAACUUCUAUCUCACGAUAGUGUUAACAUUCACGUCAGCAUACCAAAAGAAGUUUAUCGUAGGCUUCUCCACUUUCAGAAUUGUUUUUUUUUAUUGCCCUCUUGUGUAGCUUUGUUUGCGAAGUUUUCAGUGCGACUAAUUAGAUAAAAAGCACCCCACUUUUACCCCUCAAGUAUUCAGUCCCCACGAUUCCCUUAAACGAUCCUGGGUUUCCAGUUUCCCCUUUCCGGUGUUGUUCGCAUAGCUUCCGUAGUUCCAUUUACAAACGGAACCACAAAGAGUUCGCCUAAAAUGGGCAAUUACCUAUCGCUGUGCCCGGAGCCUGUUCAAGGGCUCAUCAACUCUUAUGGCAUUGGAUCAAGCUCCAACUCACAUCCUUCUGGCGUUGCUAUUAAAGGGAUCGAUUACUCCGCGGUAAAGCUUGUCGGCGAAGGUGGGUACGCUUUUGUUUACGAGGGAUACAAUAACGUAACAGGCCAGCGUGUUGCCCUGAAGCGCUAUGUAUUCUCUGAGAUGAAUCAGCAGCAAAAUGUUGUAGAAGAGAUGACAAUCUACCGCGACGUGUGCCCUCAUGACUACAUCGUCACAUACCUUGAUUCCGAAAUGCUUUACCGUCCAGGUUUUCCGUUGCCUGAGAUGUGGGUUGUGAUGGAAUUCUGCGACGGUCCGUCGCUACAGGAAUACAUAAACAAUCGUUUGCAGUCAUCUCAAGCGUUCUCGCUUCGCGAGGUGUACGAAAUAGUAGACAACAUCGUUCACGCAAUUGGCCACCUGCACUUUCAAUCACCACCUGUCUCUCAUUGGGACAUCAAGCCAGACAACUUCUUAUUCACUGAGACCGGGAGACUGAAGUUGUGCGACUUUGGAAGCGCCACGCGGCAGUUCUACGCACCGAAGUCUGCGGAAGAGAUUGCAGUUACUGAGACGGAGCUUGGGGAAAAGAUGACGCUACUGUAUCGUCCUCCUGAGUCCCUUGACUUAUGGUCGAAGGACCGUGUUGAUACAAAGGCUGAUAUUUGGGCACUUGGAGUCAUCAUUUACGUUCUUGUGUUGCGCGAAAUGCCCUUCGAGGACAACCCUAUGGACGUGAUGACGGCUGUCCCCAAGCUGUAUAAAAAAGGUGAAGAUUGCUGUCCUGAGGAAUUUAAGCCUCUUAUGGAGCUUGUGCGCUCAAAAAUGCUUACCAAGAAACCCACCGAUCGGUUGGACAUUUUUAGCAUUUCUGAGGAGCUAGAAAAAAUUUCGGAGCUGCCGGCGCUUUCCCGUCCACGGCCAGGUUUUCAAAGCGCACAACGCCCUCGUUUCUCCUAA